AUGAACGUUGUUACGUUGAUUUAUGCGCUAUUCCUUGUUCGGUUCUGUUGUUGCGAAGGCCAUGGAAAUGCUACUGGUUUUAGGACUAGUCAGGGGUUAAAGGAAUCUCCUGUUACUCCAAAUAACUCUGUUCUUGAUCUCUUGAAUCCAGACAGAGAAUCGGUACAUGUUGGUGGUGACGAGACAGAUGGACUGGCUAAAAGGGUCUUUACUCCAAAGGAUGGUUUUGCUCUGACCAAGGUUGUUACUGGAGAAACCGAAAUAUGGAAGGCUAAAGCUGGCCAGAAGUGCACUCUUGUAGAAGCUUACAGCAAGGGAGGAUCAAUGCUGGCUCAUUUAAAGGUUGAGAGUGCCACUGGACUAGAUUUAAAAUACCUUGAGAGAGUAAAUGGAGCAUGGAAGAACAUGACCACUACAGAGUUUUACCACAGGCUGGAAGAGAUGAGAAAGGAUGGUGAAAAAUCUCCAGAGGAAGAGAUGGAAAAGCAUUUAGAACGUGCCAGAAAAACACUAGAGGAGAGUAAGUCUGAUGAGAAAAAUGUACGCAUUGAAUGUCUUAAGAAGAGACUAGAAAAACUCCAGGAGAAACAGGAAAGUAUAACUGAGACCCAAUCAGUUCCCACUUUAGUCUCUAAAUGUGAGUCAGAGCCUAAUACUACUGUUACUUUGCCCUUCAAAGAGGCCGUGAAGGAACUUGAAUAUUUUAGGAAAGUUCUACUAACAAAGACACCGCUCCCGGUGGUCGACGAGUUUACUCUUGACAUUUCCAAGGAUCCAAAGGAACAUUUCAUAAAACUUGUUGAUGAUGUUGAUAAUGGCUACAAACAGAAGAAGUAUACACCGCUAUAUGGAACCUACAAGAGGACAAUAGAUGGGACAUUCAACAAGGUUGUAGAUGGUCCCGCUGUUAUAUGGAUAGCACAGCCAAACGAGAGAUGCGGAUACGUCAGUUGUUUGACAAAGGACAAUAAACCAGAACUUGUGACAGUGGCAGUUUGCGGAAGGAGUGACUUUGUCGCAUUCGAUCGUUUUGCUAAAGAUGCUUCUGGAUCGUGGAUGACUAUAACCGUUGAAGCAUUUGAGAGGAAAAUGAAAACAAUCAAGACCACGAAAAAGUGGUGUUUCUGUCUUCCAAAAUGCUGGUAG